AGAGCAAUGUUGUUGUGACGUGUCGGAUCGGAAGGUGUCGUGUCGGACUAGUGGGUUACAGUCCAUUUAAAGUCAUGCAAAGUAAUUUUGUUGGAAGGUGUCGGAGACUUGACGGAAGGCGUCGUGUAGGAGAGUGUCGGACCAGUGGGUUUCCUGCUUAAAUCGUAGUAUCAAUAGUCAAUCAGCAGAUCAUAGUAUUAGUGUCUUUAAGUGUUGCCAACCUAUUUCUAAGCUUACACAGAUUACAUGCAUAAUAAAACCACGUAUUUUGUGUUGUUUGGUUGGAGUACUGGUUUGCGCCAAAGUAAUCCGUGCGACAAAGUCAAUGAAUGGUGUCACAAAAUAAGGAAAGAGGGCUAUCAGCUCGAUCGACAAAUCCGUUCUAUUCAGAGAGAAGAAGAAAAAGUGAAAAGAUCCAUGAAGGAAGCUGCAAAAAAGGGAGACAAAAGCGUUUGUAUCAUUUUGGCCAAAGAGGUUCUUAGAGCUCGUAAAGCAAUUACUAAAUUGCAAACAUCUAAGGCACAUCUAAACUCAAUUCAGCUGCAAAUGAAAAAUCAGUUGGCCACAUUAAGAGUGGCGGGAUCGUUACAGAAAUCAACAGAAGUGAUGCAGUCCAUACAGAGACUAAUCAAAAUACCGGAGGUGGCUGCCACCAUGCGAGAGUUGUCAAAGGAGAUGAUGAGGGCUGGUAUCAUAGAGGAGAUGCUGGAAGAUACGAUGGAGAGUGUGAUGGAUGAUCCUGAAGACAUGGAGGAAGAGGCGCAGGAGGAGAUUGACAAGGUGCUAUGGGAGUUAACUGCAGGCGCACUGGGCCAAGCACCUGAUGCUCUCAAAGACAGUCUUCCAGCUGCGUCUGUCUCAGAAGCCGCUUCCGCAGAUGCUGAUGUUGAAGAUCCAGAGGAGUUAGAAGAAAUGCAGAGUCGUCUGCAAAAACUUCGCAGCUAGUCAUUCACCAUUACCGCUGCCUUUCCAACUGUUUUUAACCUUAAAGAGUUUAUUUAUAUAUAUUCCUUUGUUAACUAAUUGUAUGAGUCCUCUGUCUUAUUUAUGGUUUUAAUUUUAAUUUAUUAGUAGGAUUUCGGUUGCGGACCGGACCUAUGGUUGUUCGCUCGAUAUGUUUUUAAAAAUCAAUAAAAAUGUCAACUUUAUACUUAAAUUAUGCAUAUAUCACAAUAAUUUCAAUAUUAAACAACCAUUUAGGCUAUAACUUUUAAAAUAUGUCUGUAAAUAUUUGUAAAUUAUUUGCUUAUUUCUUUUUUAUUGAUAAAGUUGAUUUAUAAGUUAUCUCGAGAACAUUUGUACAUAUUGUGGUGAAAAGUGUAUACAGCAUAGGUAGUAUAGGUCCACCUGAGACAUUAUAAUUUGAGCUAACAUUAUUGUGAUGAUAAACAUUAACUUUGUACCCAUAGGACGGAAAACCUGACACUACAACAUGUUUUUUAAAUCAUUACUAUUUAAUGUUGCCUAUGUCAUGAUAUAACUAUACAUCAUUAUUAUUCUAUGUUUUUCCCCAAUGCCGUAGACACGAGUCUGAGCUCUAGAAUACCUUGGCUGGGCUGAUGAGUGGUAUUGUGGUGUAUUUUAAAAUUGAUCAACAUUUAAAAAAAAAGGAUAGUUGAAAGGUUAUGCUUCUGGCCUUAAGUCACGGGUGGCGUCGUCCUGUAAUCCAGCUACUAGGAGGUCACGAAUUGUGGAUAUUUAUAGGGAUGCACUGUGGAUGCGAUGCUCACUGGUGUGGAUUAACGUCCGCACUAGUGAGUACUACGACUAUCCGCAGUACUAUCCUGAUAAUUAGACCAAUUCGUAAAUUACAAGGAAAAAUGUGGUUCGGAUUCCACUAUAAACUGUAGGUCCCUUAGUUGCCAUUAGCUGUAUGGGCUAUUAAUUAACAGCUGUGUCUAAGGAACAUGUCGGCCUUAGUCACUAACAAGACUACAAGAUCGCGCCACUCAUCCUACACUCAUCCUUCACUCAUAUUUGGGUUAAAAUACGCACAUAGUGGCGUCCCCAUCUUAAAUAAUUGAUAAUUGAAUUGAUAAGUCUGUUGCUUUUUAAUGGUUUGAUACUAGACUCAGGGGUCCUUGAUUAUUGGGAUUUUAAUAAAUGAUUCUGGUAUAAUGAGUAAUGAGCUGAUCUUGGUUAGUAACUAAACUACAAUUUAAUUUGUUCAUAAUUCAUCCUAUUUUUAUCUACAUCUUAAAAUCAAACUCUGGUGUCGGUAUGGAUCUAAUCUAAGAUUUUAAUUUUACUUAAUUUAUUCCAUAAUGUUAAAGAAAAGUAAUGUUUCAGACCUGAGCAUUGAACUAUGCAAGUAAAACAUUGUAAUUAAAAUUCUACCUCGAAACUGUGUUGAAUGUCAUCUACAGUUCAUUGUGUGAGUGAAAAACCAACUUCGCAUAUUUACAGAAGCAUGUCUUCAACCAUUUCAUAAAAUGAUCAGUAAGCAAUUUUUCCCAGAGCUGCAGUGGAGGUUGGACAUUGGUUUGUCAUAUAAUUUUCCAGCACUAGGAAAAAAGUCUUAUUAAAUUCAGUCUGCUGUUCUGACCCCAAAUGUGCACUAGCCCCUUUUGCUACUCCCCAAAAGAGUUUGUUUUUUCACUCUUGCACCAGGAACCAAAGAGACAAAUAAAAACCCUUUAUGACUACAAUUUACUUAUAGCUUGUGAAAUAAUCAGUCAAGAAACCUGAUGUUUGAGUAUCAAUAUCACAAAUAUUCUAUUUAUACUUUACAUAUUAAAUAACUGAAACAUUGUCUUUUUGUUUUGUAUGAAUACUAGCAUCUAAUAAUUUUGAAAUAAAGAAGUGAUUAUAAUAAACAAGCAGCUUUUACCAAAA